AUGGAUGACAUAUCUCUCGAAAAGCAGCCAAUUAAUCCAACAUUAAAGUUGAAUCCAAUAGAAAAUGCCAACUAUCCAUCGCAAAUGAAGUAUGUAAUGGAAAUUCAAAGAGUUAUUUGGUCAAUGAAUAAUGAAAAUAAGGAAAAGCUUAUUCCAGAAUUAAUGUCGAUAGUCACAUCAGAAAACUCACUCAAAAAAUUCGCUUUGGAUUCACUUGAUUAUGCUUCAUCCAAGAAACAAAAAUACAUCAAUGCAUAUGCUGACGCUUACAUCAAAGUAUCUCAGGAAUUCCGAUACAAUCCAUUUAUAGAAAGCGAAAACUUUAAUAUUGUCCUCAAAAGCAAAGGAUAUUCUACAAAUUUCUUGGAAACAGAGGUAACUGUUGAUGAUGUUCUUAAUAUUUACCCACCAAACUCAAUAUGUUACUUCGUGACAUGGGAUAAAGUCGAAGAAUUAAAGAAACACACUGCAGAUCCGAGUUUCAAUUUUAACGAUUUUUAUGACAUAAUUCCUUUGAUAGAUAUAGCUGCCAAAUAUGGCAGUAUAGAAUGCUUCAAGUACCUUUUACUCAGAGGAGUUGAACCCACAGAAGAUACGGAAGAAUAUGCAAUCGAAGGUGGAAACUUCGAAAUUAUGCAGAUUUUAGGCCAAAACUACCAACAAAAAUUCAAGUACAAGCUUGAGACAGCUAUAGAAAAUCACUGCAGCACAGAAAUAAUUCAAUGGCUACUCAAAAAUACUGAAUGUGAAGAAAUUUCAAUGGCGAUGUGUAUGAAAUUUUACAACAUCAAAAUGGCCUUAUUCCUUCUAUGCAAUAGCUACGACAUCAAUGAUGUAUACGAGCAUCACAGCGACAAGACUGUAAAAGUAACUUCCCUUUCGAUGGCUGUCAGAUCAGGUUUAGUUGAUUUUGUCAAAAUUCUCCUUGAAAAACAAGCAAAUAUCAAUUACGUUACAACAUGUACAAUUUACUUAGAAUCAGAGAUCGAAGAAGGAGAAACACCCCUGAUUAUCGCAUGCAAGAAUGAUGAUCCAGACUUAUGCAAAGUACUCAUUGAAAAUGGUGCAGAUCCAAACAAAUUCGUAUAUAAUGGAGAAAGGCUGGAUACUCCUUUGACAGUUGCUUGCAGUAAUGGCUAUUAUGAUGUCGUAAAAGUUCUUCUUUCAAACGGCUCUGACAUUGAUUUUGUCGUUGGUGAAAUGAACCAAGAUACUGCGUUAACGAUUGCAACAACACAUAACUAUUUAAAGAUAGUCAAAUUACUUGUUGGAAAAGGCGCAAAUGUUAAUAAAUCUGUUAACAAGAAGAGACACAGAGUUCUAUUUUAUUUUUACAACGAAAUUCUUUGUUGUUUAAUGUCGAAACACCUUUGA